AUGGCAAACCCUAACCCAGACGAACCUCAUUACUGCCGUGAUUGUGGGCACACGGAGAGCUUGCACCCCGAGAACAAGCCAUCAACCGUCCGCGAUAUCAUCCAGUCAUACAAGCAGCCUUCCAAGAUGGGCUUGAAGCUUUCGCUCAAAGCCACAACUGAACAGGCCGUCCGGGAGACCAACAAGGGUCUAAAAGCAUCAUCCAAGCGUCCUGUGGAGAGUGACGAUGAUGAGGGUAAUGCCAGUAGAGCGAUGAAGGCUCCGAAGGGCCAGAAGAAGCCCAAGAACAUACCUCCGGAUUCAGAGAAGGCACUCGGGGAUAACAUGGCAGGCUUAGGGCGUAUUAUCCUCCUUCCCUUCGGUGUCCACAAGGUGCAAGGAAAGCCGGAAUUGACAAACACACGAGCACCCAAAGAAAAUACUUGGGAUGACUACGAGGAGUGGCAGCUGUCUCGCACGUAUGGCCUGGAUGGUGGACCGCUUGCAUUCAACAAGUCCUGGACAGCGGCUGAGAUUGACAGAUGGCUUCGGACGCUCUUCCCCAAGGCGUUCGAGUAUGUUGACAGCUCCACAAAGUCGAGCGGCUCAGCUCUCGGGUGGCAUUUGGCCCACUCGUUCCAUCGGAACCUCACACUAUACAGGAAGACCGUAGACGGCGAGGUGCUCGCGCAGCAUCGUACUCGGGAUGGCAAGAAGUGGAACACACGGGUUCUCUACAUUGCAUUGCAUAAAGCUAUUCCGUAUGAGAUAUAUUCGGAAUGGGGUGCAGAAACGACCAAGCAGGACGCUGAGGAGGAGGAGGUUGAGAUUGAGGAUUCUGACAAAGUCGAUGCCGAGGUUAAUGCAUUGGUGUCUGAUGGUCGUGCCUCCGAGUCGUCGGAUGAGAAGUCGCAAGGUGGCGAUCACGCUAGCGUGUCAGAUGGUGAACGUGAGCAUAGUUCUGACGAGUCCGAGUUUGAUAUACGAAAGACUCGCAGGCUCACUGCUGUUCAGAAAGGCAAGCACAAGGCUUCCACCUCUUCUCCAAUUCGUACCCCACUGUUCUCUAAGUCGAAGAAAGGUGUUCUGAAAGGGCCUAUGAAACCACGGCUCGGGAAGCGAACUCGUCCGAUCAUUUUGGACAGCGAGUCGGAGGGAAGCUCUGAUAGUGCUACAACUGACAACUCGGCCGUGAAGGCACUUUCGGUAGCGAAGUCCCCGUCCCCAUUCCCCACCGGCGUAACUUCACCCUCUCGGGUGACUACACCGCCGCGAGAUCCACCAUUGCACGUUGCAGGUUCUAAUAGCAAUCCGAUAGCUGGUUUUAGUACUGUGCCUGUCGCCAGUUCUAGCGCCACAGUUGGACCUAACCUCGACUGGCUGGACGAGCAACGGGAUAUGGAUCGUUUGCUAGCGCCAAGGCUAGGUAACGACUCGCCCGACGGGGGUGCUUUUCUGCAAUUCUCGGAUGAUAUUCCACAAGACGGGAAAGCUUGGUGGGAGGACGAGUUACCGGAUCUCUAG